UGAGUUUAUUUAUCACUGGAAAUUCGCGCAGAAAGAGCAACCAAACCCAAAAUCCAAAGAAUAAAUUUUCUCCACUUUUCUUUCUCUUUCUCUCUCUAACUUUCUAAUUUUUUAUUUUCUUUCUUUUAUUUAUUUAAUAAAAUUUUAUUAUUUCUCAUUCUUUCUUCUUCUAUAGUAUAGCCACCUUUCUAUCUGUUAAAUACAAUUUUCCACUUUAAUUCUUCUUCAUCAAAAAAAUUUAUAUUCUCUCUUCUCUUUCACACUUCUCUACUUUCUCUCUCUUCAUUUUUGUUGUUUCUCUCUCUAAAAACAGGGGAACUCUGUUCUGUUCUGCUUUUUUUUAAGCUCUUUAACAAUGGCGGACAUUAGUCAUCCUCCCAUGGAACAACUUCAAGACCUUGAAUAUUGCAUAGACUCUAAUCCUCCUUGGGUCGAAACCAUACUUCUAGCGUUCCAGAACUACAUUUUGAUGCUUGGUACAAGUGUGAUGAUUCCUACAUUGAUAGUCCCUGCAAUGGGUGGAUCUGAUGGUGACAAGGCACGGGUCAUACAAACUCUCCUAUUUGUGGCAGGGAUCAACACCCUUUUACAAGCAUUGUUUGGGACCAGGCUACCUGCUGUAGUUGGAGGAUCCUUUGCUUACCUUAUUCCUGUAGCAUACAUAAUAAAUGACUCAUCACUGCAGCGCAUUCCGGAUAAUCAUGAUAGAUUUAUUCAAACUAUGAGGGCUAUUCAAGGAGCUCUUAUUGUCUCCUCUAGUAUACAGAUUAUUCUAGGUUACAGCCAACUAUGGGGACUCUUUUCACGAUUCUUCAGUCCUCUUGGCAUGGCACCAGUUGUUGGAUUGGUCGGCUUAGGAUUGUUUCACAGAGGAUUUCCUGCGCUAGGGAACUGUGUAGAAAUUGGGCUACCAAUGCUAUUGCUCGUGAUUGGACUGUCUCAAUAUCUGAAGCAUAUCAGACCUCUGAAAGAUGUCCCUAUAUUCGAGAGAUUUCCUGUCAUUAUUUGUGUCUCUAUUGUAUGGCUUUAUGCUGUUAUCCUGACAGCAGCUGGGGCUUACAGACAUAAGCCAGGACAUACUCAGAACAGUUGUCGUACAGAUAGGGCAAAUCUUAUAUCAACUGCCCCAUGGUUCAAAUUCCCAUAUCCUUUGCAAUGGGGCCCUCCUACUUUUGCAGCUGGCCAUUCCAUAGCUAUGAUGGCAUCUGUUUUAGUUUCGAUGAUUGAGUCAACUGCUGCUUAUAAGGCAGCAUCCAGACUUGCAAUUGCUACCCCUCCUCCAGCUUAUGUUUUGAGUCGGGGCAUAGGAUGGCAGGGGAUCGGAGUUUUGCUGGAUGGUCUCUUUGGAACGGGCACUGGAUCUUCUGUCUCUGUGGAAAAUGUCGGAUUGCUAGGGCUUACACGAGUAGGAAGUCGGAGAGUUGUUCAAAUUUCAGCUGGUUUUAUGAUAUUUUUCUCUACUUUAGGAAAAUUUGGUGCUGUUUUUGCAUCCAUACCAUUCCCUAUAUUUUCUGCGCUAUACUGUGUUCUCUUUGGCCUUGUGGCUUCAGUCGGAUUAUCAUUUCUACAAUUCACAAAUAUGAACUCUAUGAGGAAUCUUAUUAUUAUUGGGCUCUCUCUUUUUCUCGGGAUAUCUAUACCUCAACUUUUCGAUGAUUAUCGAUUAGAUCAUGGACUUGUUCGGACUAAUGCAGGAUGGUUCAAUGCAUUUGUGACAACCAUUUUCAUAUCAUCACCGACAGUGAGCUUGAUCAUAUCAGUGUUCCUGGACAACACACUAGAAGUAGAAAGAUCGAAGAAAGAUAGAGGAAUGCCGUGGUGGGUGAAGUUUAGAAGUUUUAGGGGAGAUAACAGGAAUGAAGAAUUUUACACAUUGCCGUUCAAUCUCAACAGAUUCUUUCCUCCUACGUAGUAAUUGCCCUUGGAAGUCAGAAAUGAGACCAGCAGACACUUUUUUAUCGGCUCUGGUAAGUCUAACCCGUGCUGAUUUCAGACUGUCGAUGGAAAUUCAGCAACACUGGAUAUAUUUUGAUCAUAAGAGCGCUAAACCUUCUAACUUAUCCGGUGUAAGUUUUGGUGGACCGUGUGCAGUAAGGUCCACGAGGAGUUAGGAUAGUAUAUCAUUCUUCUCAAUGCCUUAUCAGAUGUAAAUGGCAUGCAAUAAAAUUAGCAUGUUUAGCUUUGCCUCAACUUUUUGCAAUUGUGCAGCUCAUAUAUAUAUAAAUAUGUCUAAUUUCUGGACUGUUAGAAAGAUGCAGUACUAUACUAAAAAGAAUGCAUGGUUAUAUGCAUGAUUUAUGUAAUUGAUCAUUUUGGGUAACCCAGUUCAAUUCAGAGAAUUCAAUUGA